CUUCCUCCCUCCACCCCCCAACGACUUCAGGAAAGCAAAAAAUAAGACUCGGAGACUCUCUCUCCUACUCUUAUUCCACCCUUCUCUAGCCACUCGCGGCUGAGAUAUAUAUAUACAGAACUCCUCGCCGUCUUCUUCCUACCUUUUACCCCUCUGCUCCGUCAGAAAAUCUCCACUCUCAAAUCUUUUUUUGCCCCAGCCCGGCCACGUUUUUGAGUUUUUUUUUCGGCCAAGACGCCCACUUUCAGGAUAAUUACGAGCGAAUUUACGAUUUAUUGCACGACUGACAGAUAUACAAUCCAAUAAUCAAGACACCCGUUGUCCGAUUUCACAGAGCGCCGAAAGCGCUCAAAUAAUGCCGCAUCCAGUCUCUCCCACCCGACCACAGCCCACUAUGCUUAUCAAAUCUGACGUCCCGUCCACCGUGGCGCCUACCCAAGAGGAGAUCUCCUCCCUUCUCAACACCAUCUUCACUGCCGACUCCUCCGCCGCCUCCGUCGACGCUUCCUAUGCCCUCACACAAAUCCUCCUCAACUCCGUCGGGUACCGUGGCCUCCACGCCUACGGCAUCGUUGCCGAGAUCAAGAAGGCCGCAGCGGACAAGAAGAGCGGACUGAAGCGUGAGAGCGCCCAGAACCUACUCGGUGCCCUCUUUGAGCGUUUCCCUACCCCACAGCCGAUCACCGAGGUUGUCUUUAUCAUACAAGAUGGCGGUCUCAUCCCCUGCGCCCUCGACGCCCUCGCCGACAAGGGCGCUGUGGUGAGAGAUGCCGCGCAGUAUGCGCUUGACGCUCUCUUUGUCCUCUUGAGCUCCGAGGCUCUUGUUAUUGCACUCCUCCCUGUUCUCUCCCUGUACCUCUCCAAGCGCACCGGCAAGUGGCAAGGCACAGUUGGUGCCUACAAGCUUCUCCAGCGCAUCGCCGACAAGGCCAAGCUUGAGGCUGGCACCACCAAGGAGGAGGCAAAUGACAAGGACAUGCUCCGCGACUCCCUGGGAUCCAAGCUUGCUGGUCUUAUCCCGAUUGUCGAGGAAGGAAUGCACGACUUGAAGACUGAGGUCGAGAAGGCCGCCAUCAACACCAUGAACUCCCUUACCACCCUCCUUUCCAACGACGAUGUUGCCCCUCGCAUCCCACUCCUCGUUGCGACCAUGAAGAACCCCUCCACCGAGACGCUGCAGAAGGCCAUCCACGCCCUGUCGCAAACCACCUUCGUCGCUAUCGUCACCUCCCCCGUCCUGGCUCUCCUCACCCCUCUCCUCGAGCGUUCCCUCAACACACCUACCACUGCACAGGAGGUCCUCAGACAGACCGUUGUCGUCGUGGAGAACUUGACAAAGCUUGUCCACGACCCUGUUGAGGCUCGUACUUUCUUGCCAAAGCUCCUUCCCGGUGUUAAGGGCGUCCAGGACAGAGCAUCUCUUCCCGAGGUCCGUGACAUGGCCACCAGAGCCCUUAACGUCAUCAAGAAGGCCAUGGGUGAUGAUGUCUCCGGAGCAUCCCACGGAGAGGUUGCCCGCGUCACCAUCGACGACGUCACCAAGGUUCUCGAUGCCGAGAUCGCAAAGGCAGGAGGUCUUGCUGGCGACGCCAGUGCCAUCUUCAAGCUCCUUGGCCCAUACAUCGGCGCCAUGGUGGCCGAGGAUGCCAACCACCGCCAGACUCCCCGUAUCGCAGCCAGAGUUACCCCAUACCUGCCCCAGGUCUUGAAGACCUCCGAGGCAGCCGCUACCGUUGGUGACGCCGUCCAGAACUUCUACGUCGAGGAGGACCACCGCAAGUACGGUAAGCCGGUCAAGGAGGACGAUGGAGAGAUUGAGAUUGUCAACGCCGACUUUUCCCUUGCCUACGGUGGUAUGCUGUUACUCUCCCAUACCAACCUCCGUCUCCUCAAGGGCCACAGAUACGGUCUUUGCGGACGUAACGGUGCCGGAAAGUCUACUCUCAUGCGUGCAAUCUCCAACGGCAAGCUUGAGGGCUUCCCCAGCCAGGAUGUCCUCCGUACUUGCUUCGUCGAGCACAACCAGGGUGAGGAUGCUGAUAUCAGCAUUCUGAACUUCGUUGCCAAGGAUCCUGCCAUCGCGUCCGCUGGUAUGGAGCGUAUCUCUGAGGUUCUUGCCGAGGUCGGCUUCACUGCCGGCCCCGAGGGUCGCCAGUCCGAGAAGGUUGGCUCGCUAUCCGGUGGAUGGAAGAUGAAGCUCGCUCUUGCCAGAGCUAUGUUGAUGAAGGCCGAUGUUCUCCUUCUGGACGAACCUACCAAUCACUUGGAUGUUGCCAACGUCAAGUGGCUCCAGGAUUACCUGAAAACUCACACCGAGAUCACUUCCCUGAUCGUUUCUCACGACUCCGGCUUCCUCGAUGAAGUCUGCACGGAUAUCUACCACUACGAGCCUGGAAAGAAGCUUGCAUGCUACAAGGGUAACUUGGCUGAAUUCGUCAAGCAGAAGCCCGAGGCUAAGAGCUACUACACCCUCUCCGCCUCGAACGCGCAAUUCAAGUUCCCACCUCCUGGUAUCUUGACCGGUGUCAAGUCCAACACCCGCUCCAUCCUCCGCAUGACCAACUGCUCCUACACCUACCCAGGAAGCACCAAGCCGUCUCUCCACGACGUUUCCUGCUCCCUGUCUCUCUCUUCCCGCACAGCCAUCAUCGGUGGCAACGGUGCCGGAAAGUCCACUCUCAUUAAGCUUCUGACUGGCGAGACCAUCCCAACCACUGGUCGUGUCGAGAAGCACCCCAACUUGCGUAUUGGUUACAUCAAGCAGCACGCCCUCGAGCACGUGGAGAUGCAUCUCGAGAAGACCCCCAACCAGUACCUCCAGUGGCGUUACGCCAACGGUGAUGAUCGCGAGGUCCACAUGAAGCAGACCCGUAUCCUCUCCGAUGCCGACAAGGAGCAGAUGAAGGUUGAGAUUGACCUUGGUGACGGACGCGGAGGACGACUGAUCGAGUCCAUCAUGGGUCGUCAGAAGUGGAAGAAGACCUUCCAAUACGAAGUUAAGUGGAAGUUCAUGCUCCCCAAAGACAACACCCAGAUCUCCCGCGAAACCCUCGUCGACCGCGGCUUCUCCAAGCUCGUCCAAGAAUUCGACGACCACGAGGCCUCCCGCGAAGGUCUCGGUUUCCGCGAGCUCUCCCCCAAAGUCAUCUCCAAGCACUUCGAAGACCUCGGCCUCGACCCCGAAAUCGCCAACCACAACGAGAUCUCUGGCCUCUCCGGCGGCCAAAAAGUCAAGGUCGUACUCGCUGGCGCUAUGUGGAACAACCCCCAUCUCCUCGUCCUCGAUGAGCCGACCAAUUUCCUGGACCGUGACUCCCUCGGUGGCCUCGCUGUUGCUAUCCGCGACUACAAGGGUGGUGUCGUCAUGAUCUCCCAUAACGAGGAGUUUGUUGGCGCGCUCUGCCCAGAGCAGUGGUACGUCGCUGACGGUCGCGUGACGCACAAGGGUCACCUCGCCGUCUCGGCCGAUCGCUUCGAGGAUUCUCGCCCCGGCAGCGGCAUCCCCAGCACCGUCGCCUCCAUGGCGAGCAGUGCCGUCUCCAGUGCCGCUCCUAGCACCGCUAACAGUGGCGCGGAGGAUACGGGAGAUAUGACUUUCCGUGCUCGCAAGAAGAAGAAGAUGACCAAGAAGGAUCUCAAGGACAGAGAGGUCCGCAGACGUCUGCGGCACAUUGAGUGGCUUUCCAGUCCUAAGGGGACUCCAAGAUAUCCUGAUACGGACGAUGAGGCCUAGAAAUCUAAAAAAAACCUCGCCGAUUUGGAUAUUUUGAAGUUUUAUUUUUGUUGUUGAAGCGGUGGUACAUCUGCCACGUGACGUUCGGCGACGGCGGUGUGGGUGGGAUGCGGUGCGGGUGGUGGGGACGCGGGCCGCCUUUAAACAAACUACUACAGUUUUUUGGGUUUUCCAUGAUGAUAUAGACUUUCGAUAUCCGGCGGCCUCGAGACGCAUGUUUCUUUUGUUGUUUGUUUCUGCACAAAAAUGUUUGGCGUUUUAGAAUUAGAUGGGUAGAUUGGGCGGGGGUUGCUUAAUGUUGGGAUUGCGGAAGAGAUGGGAGAUG